GUACUUGUUUGGGCUCAAGCCUCUCGUGCUGCCCGUGCCCCCCGCCGCCCCCCGCCUUGGGCGUUCUGUACUUUUUACAAGUGUUUGCCAGUGUCUUACCUAUAGGAAUCUCUGGGACCGGGAGGUGGCGAGUGUUUGACCCUCUUGGCGGCGUGAAAACACUGAUAUGAGAAGUUCCAAAUUGUCGUUGCUGGGCAGGUCGUGUAGGGGAUAAGACAGAGGUAGAAAGGAUUUGUGUUGGCAAAGGAGCAAGUGAACGCUUACAUUCUGAACCUGACUGCUCAUGUGAUUCAGUGGAGUGGCCUCAGGCAUUUUCUAGCCUUCAAUUUUACAGAGUGGGAUAAGGAACUGUGUCACCAGAUAAUGUGAGGCACUGGAACCCAACUGAACUCUGCAUCCAGGAACCCCAGGAGUGAAGAUCAGAGACUUUGACUAACUUGGCAACAGGGAGCUCUUUGGAACUUUGCUUUCGUCCACAGUAACCUUUUAAAAUUAACCCUCGAGUGGAAUUGAGUUCUUUGUCAUCUUUUGCUCAUUGGGAAGAACAUGGCUUCCGGGAUGUUGUGUUUCCCUUUAGUUUUGCAUGAACUUUGUAGGAAACGAAGCCCUUAAAGGGCUUGGGAAGAACAAGAAAAGGCUGAAGACAGAUACGUUUGAACCCUGUUUCCCUUCCCUUUCAAAGAAAAGGAUUAACAACAACCUUGUAACAGCUGCUGCCCAGCUUUAGCCACCGAGAGAAAAGAAAUCAAAUUAAGCCACCAUUUUCAGACUGCAAGUCCUGAAGCCCAGGGGUGGAAGCAGUGGCAUUGAGAAAACGACCUCACAGGGACAAGGACUGCAGUAAAAAUAGCUUCUUUUUAAAGCUGGGAAGGGCCUCAGGUUCCUUUUUGGAUGAAAAUAGGCACACAGGACACACCUCUUUCAGGUGCAGCUCACGUUUUGUGGAAGUGUGGUAGGCCUGGAGGUCUUGUUUCCUCAGAAGGACUUUGCCUCGCCGGAAGUGCACUGCCCUGAUCCUCUCCCCUUCUUCCUCUCAAAGACUCGGCUCCAUCCAUGAGCUAUUCCUUGAUCUGUCCGACGGUCCAUGGUCUCCACCUGCAACUGUUUGCAUGCAUACAGUCUGCUGUUUGUCUCCGAUUUCUAAACUAUACCAGCUGUGUUUCUUAGUCUCCUUCUCUGCCUCCUUUUGGGGAGCUGGUUUUUCAUCAUUUGGAAUCGCCUUUCCCCCUCCCAUGUGCUUUCCUUCAUUUGCGAUCUUUUGACCUUUGGUUUUAUUCGGGAGGGGGAAGGGUGACCACUUAAAAUUUUCUGUUUCCUUGGUUGCCUUCUGUAGUUUUCUCUCCGUUGUUUCCCUCAUCCCAUUUUCUUGUCUGUUCUGCCGCUGUGUGGGCCUGGGCUAUGCGGCAGGGCAGAUCUCCCAUCAGAGCUCCAACAUGCCCGCAGAGUCUGGAAAGAGAUUCAAACCCAGCAAGUAUGUUCCGGUCUCAGCAGCUGCCAUCUUCUUAGUGGGAGCCACGACGCUCUUCUUUGCCUUUACCUGUCCAGGACUAAGCCUCUGUGUGUCACCUGCAGUGCCCAUCUACAAUGCAAUUGUUUUCCUCUUUGUGCUGGCCAACUUCAGCAUGGCCACCUUCAUGGAUCCUGGGAUUUUCCCUCGAGCCGAAGAGGAUGAAGACAAGGAAGAUGACUUCCGAGCUCCCCUAUACAAAACGGUGGAGAUCAAGGGCAUACAGGUGCGCAUGAAAUGGUGUGCCACCUGCCGCUUCUACCGCCCUCCACGAUGUUCCCACUGCAGUGUCUGUGACAAUUGUGUGGAGGAAUUUGAUCAUCACUGCCCCUGGGUGAACAACUGUAUUGGUCGCCGGAACUACCGUUAUUUCUUCCUCUUCCUCCUUUCCCUGACAGCGCACAUUAUGGGUGUGUUUGGCUUUGGCCUCCUUUAUGUGCUCUACCCCGUGGAGGAACUCUCAGGUGUGCGCACGGCUGUCACAAUGGCAGUGAUGUGUGUGGCUGGCUUAUUCUUCAUACCUGUAGCUGGGCUCACGGGAUUUCACGUGGUGCUGGUGGCUAGGGGACGCACAACCAACGAACAGGUUACUGGUAAAUUCCGGGGAGGUGUGAACCCUUUCACCAAUGGCUGCUGUAACAAUGUCAGCCGUGUACUCUGCAGCUCCCCUGCACCCAGGUAUCUGGGGAGACCAAAGAAAGAGAAGACAAUUGUAAUCAGACCUCCCUUCCUUCGACCAGACGUGUCAGAUGGACAGAUAACUGUGAAGAUCAUGGACAAUGGCAUCCAAGGAGAGUUGAGGAGAACAAAGUCUAAGGGAAGCCUGGAGAUAACAGAAAGCCAGUCUGCAGAUGCUGAACCUCCACCUCCUCCUAAGCCGGACCUGAGCCGUUACACAGGGCUACGAACACACCUCGGCCUGGCUACUAAUGAGGACAGCAGCCUCUUGGGCAAGGACAGCCCUCCCACACCUACCAUGUACAAGUACCGGCCGGGCUACAGUAGCAGCAGCACAUCAGCAGCCAUGCCUCAUUCUUCCAGCGCCAAGUUGAGUCGAGGGGACAGCUUGAAGGAGCCGACUUCAAUUGCAGAGAGCAGCCGCCAUCCCAGCUACCGCUCAGAGCCCAGCCUGGAGCCCGAGAGCUUCCGAUCUCCCACCUUUGGCAAAAGCUUUCACUUCGAUCCACUAUCCAGUGGCUCACGCUCCUCCAGCCUCAAGUCAGCCCAGGGCACGGGCUUUGAGUUGGGGCAAUUGCAGUCCAUUCGUUCAGAGGGCACCACCUCCACCUCUUAUAAGAGCCUGGCCAACCAGACACGCAAUGGAAGCCUCUCUUACGACAGCCUGCUCACUCCUUCAGACAGCCCUGAUUUUGAGUCAGUGCAGGCAGGGCCUGAGCCAGACCCACCUUUAGGCUACACCUCUCCCUUCCUGUCAGCCCGGCUAGCCCAGCAACGGGAAGCCGAGAGGCACCCGCGUUUGGUGCCAACCGGCCCAGCACACCGAGAGCCCUCACCAGUUCGGUACGACAAUCUGUCGCGCCAUAUUGUGGCCUCCCUCCAGGAACGAGAGAAGCUGCUACGCCAGUCACCCCCACUCCCUGGCCGAGAGGAAGAACCAGGCUUGGGGGACUCGGGCAUUCAGUCAACACCAGGCUCAGGCCAUGCCCCUCGUACUAGUUCCUCCUCAGAUGAUUCGAAGAGAUCACCCUUGGGCAAGACUCCACUGGGACGCCCAACUGUCCCCCGCUUUGGCAAGCCAGAUGGGCUAAGGAGCCGGGCACUAGGGUCCCCUGAAGCAGGCUCAACUGCCCCAUACCUGGGCCGAUCUAUGUCUUACAGCAGCCAAAAAGCUCCACCUGGUGUCUCUGAGAUGGAGGAAGUGGCCUUGCAGCCGUUACUGACACCCAAAGAUGAAGUGCAGCUCAAGACCGCCUACAGCAAAUCCAAUGGGCAGCCCAAGAGUAUAGGCUCCGCCUCCCCCAGCCCAGGCCAGCCACCUCUUAGUAGCCCCACAAGGGGAGGGGUCAAGAAGGUGUCAGGGGUGGGUGGUACCACCUAUGAGAUUUCUGUGUGAGCCUUGCGGGACACCUCCCUCCCCCACGCCUCUAUGCCUACACCAAAGGGCCCCAGGUGGCCACCUUCCUUUCCUCAAGGGGCUCCCCUCCCCUGCAUGGACAUUUUUUUAAACCACCAAUUCCAAGAGGAUGAGGAGCGUUUAUAAAAUGCAGCGGGGUUGGGGAGUCGGAGAGUUGGGGCCCUGAGACUGGGGUAGCAACCCCCUUCACCUUUUAAGACCUUCCCUCCCUUAACCCCUGGACCAGACUCAGUGGACAUUUGUGCAAUUGCUCGCCCUGGAGGGAACCAGAUCAUUUUUAAACCAGAAAUAAUUUUUUUUAUUAUUGUUACGGAUUCUAUUUUUUUCCUCUUCUGCGUUACCAGGUGUGUGUGUACAUAUAUAUAUAUAUUAUAAAUAUCAAAGAAAUUAUAUAUCUAUCCUGGGAUGGGAAAAUGAGGGAGGGAUCUAUGUAAGGAGGGGCUCUUACUCUUCCCAUUCCUCAGACCAGCAGGAAAAAAAGGGGAGGCAUCAAGUCUUUUCUUCCCCAUGGUUCCCUCUUACGUCCCAGUUACCAACUAAGGAAAUAGCACCCCCUGUUGUUGGUGCUAAGUGAUCAGGAAAGAAAUUCGGGGAGAGGUGAGUCUGGGGUCUUGGUCAGAAGAGGAAAGGACCUGGAGAGGGGAAUUCAUUUUCUAGGCUCACUGGCACUUAAUUUCCCCAGGAGGGGCGUCGCAGCCUCAUGACUUUAAUGGUGGGGGAGGGGGGAGGAUCUGGAAAAAAGCCUGGCCUAGCUCCAGAAACAAUAUUGGAUAAUCCUCCCGUUUCGGGGAGAGGGAUCAGGGUGGGCUUCUCCAAUAAGCUCUGCAAAGCCUUUCCCCACACUUCACACAGUUAACAUUCUUUUUAAAUCAAGGCCAGGAGAGAAGACUCCAAAAAGCAAUAUUUUUCAUCACAUGCCAAAAACGGGAUAGAGAGAAGGAGUGGCAGGCCUAGGCCCUCCGAUUGUCCCUUGGGGGUUACCCCUCCGCCCACCUCAGUAUGGUGCUGGGUAGAGGGGAUACCUGGGUUCUAACCUCUAAACAGGGGAGACCCCAGCCUCUAGGCAGAGGCCCUUUUAUUUUUUAUUCUGAUUAGCCAUUUUAAACCGACAAGGAAUAAAAAAAUCCUGAUCUAACCAGC